CAGAACAAGAUAUAACGGCGUUCUUGUGUCCUGGGCAGAACUUGUCACAGGUGUUCAAACGUCUUACAUGUGAUAUCCUUGUUUCCAGCUUGCUGGAAGAGUCUAGGUGAACAGUUGACAGAUCCUACCUACGACAACCCCAUACCAGACCCGGAAGUAUGUAAACAUGGCUGUCCAAGGCGUUGAGAAGUACUUUUUCUACAUUAAGGAAAAGGUGGCUUCAGACUGGAAGGACCUCGCUUUCUUUUUGGGCUUUUCGGGCACCGAUGUUGGAAACAUAGGAGGCAGAAACUAUGAUGACAAGUCCAGCUGUAUGGAUCUGUUACAGGAGUGGGCAACAGCAAAUGGCACAGACGCUACUAUAGAGGUCCUGAUGGAGGCUCUAUCUAACGCAGGCCUACGCAGCGUUGCGGACGGAUUGAAGGCUGAGCUGGCUACCGGGCAGGGGGCACAGCCUCCAGAUCAAGGACAACCUUCAAGGGUACAAUCUCAAGGGAUCAUGAGGCAACCUCCUACUGGAAAACCUCAGCCGGUAUCACGGGUGCAACCUCAGUCGGUACCGGUGCCAUGGGUGCAACCUCAGCUGGUGUCUUGGGUGCAACCCCAGCCUGUGGCAUGGGGGCAACCUCAGCUGGUACCAUGGGUGCAACCUCAGCUAAUGCCAUGGGGGCAACCUCAACUGGCGAUGGGGGGACCAUCUAACAAUACGGAAGAGUUGAGGCCGUAUUUCAACAUCAUCGCUGAGAACAUGCCUGCAGACUGGCCACAACUCGCAACGAACCUCGGGAUACCGUUUGCACAGAUCCAAGCUAUACAACAACAGAACAGGGAUAACUGCUGGAUGUGUUGUCAGCAGAUCUUGCACAUGUGGUGUUACAACAACGGCCAAGAAGCAACGGUGGAAGUCUUGAUGCAAGCCGUUAGGGACACUGGUCACCAGGACGUUGCAGAAAUGUUGGAAAUUAAACAGUUAGAGUGACAAAAUAAAACAUCAGGUCCAACUUCCAAUCCUUAAAACAACAGCAAAGGCCGAAACAACCUUCUCCCAUGUACAACAGCCUUGUGUCAUGUGACCUGUGUGACCUUUGACUUCCAGGUCACGUGACCACCCUAUGCUAAGCUGAUGAAAAAUGACGGAUGCAAUUUGAGAGUCUUCUCACCAAGAAACUUUAGUUUGUAAACUUGCGGAUAAGUACUAUUCUCCAUACUUAAUGUCGUAUGUAUGUUACCUUAACAAGACCCCUUCACGAUUAUUUGCAUCUGCCUUAAGCUUAUGCUAUCUCUAGUUUUACUCAUUUUAUCUUUAUCAUCAAGAUCAAGAAAGGUUAGAUUCAGAAUAGGUACUGUCAAUUUUUUGUUACCAAAACAUUGUCUUAUGGGGAAAGAUAUGAAAUUUCUGGACAUUUUGUCUUUGCUUUAAGCUUCACCUUAAAGCAAUUUUAUGAUCUUACUUCACUGUUGUUAUGUGACUUUGUGUGGAAUAUUUGAUUCAUAAUCCAUAUAGAUAACUAAUAGAAAAAAAAACAAUUUUUUUCAGAUCAUUAAGCCAGAGGGAGUUAUGAGAAUAUGAUCAGAUAAGAAUGUAUAUUUUCUAUUUGGUGAAGAUUAAAACCUUUUUGGUCUGCCAA